GCUGCGAGGCCCCGUGCCAGGGAGGGUCGGUCACGGGUCUUCACUCACCGCUGUCUUCUCCCGCUUUCCCUGGCAGUUUCCUUACGCCGCCCCACCUCCCCAGGAGCCAGUGAAGACGCUGAGAAGCCUGGUCAACAUCCGCAAGGAUACACUGCGGCUCGUCAAGUGCGCCGAGGAGGUGAAGACCCCGGGGGCCGAGGCCGGCAGAGCCAAAGUCCACUACAACGUGGAGUUCACCUUCGACACCGACGCCCGCGUGGCCAUCACCAUCUACUACCAGGCCACCGAGGAGUUCCAGAACGGCAUCGCCAGCUACAUCCCCAAAGACAACAGCCUGCAGUCGGAGACGGUGCACUACAAGCGCGGGGUGUGCCAGCAGUUCUGCCUGCCCUCCCACACCGUGGACCCCUCCGAGUGGGCCGAGGAGGAGCUCGGCUUCGAUCUGGACCGGGAGGUCUACCCGCUGGUGGUCCAUGCGGUGGUGGACGAAGGAGACGAGUACUUCGGCCAUUGCCACGUGCUGCUGGGCACUUUCGAGAAGCACACGGACGGCACCUUCUGUGUCAAGCCCCUCAAGCAGAAGCAAGUGGUGGACGGGGUCAGCUACCUGCUCCAGGAGAUCUACGGGAUCGAGAACAAGUACAACACGCAGGAUGCCAAGGUGGCUGAGGACGAGGUGAGUGACAACAGCGCCGAGUGCGUGGUGUGCCUCUCGGACGUGCGGGACACCCUCAUCCUGCCCUGCCGCCACCUCUGCCUGUGCAACACCUGCGCCGACACCCUGCGCUACCAGGCCAGCAACUGCCCCAUCUGCCGCCUGCCCUUCCGGGCGCUGCUGCAGAUCCGAGCCAUGAGGAAGAAGCUGGGCCCCUUGUCCCCGACCAGCUUCAACCCCAUCAUCUCCUCCCAGACCUCCGACUCGGAGGAGCCCUCGUCCUCCGAGAACAUCCCGCCGGGCUAUGAAGUGGUGUCCCUUCUGGAGGCCCUCAACGGGCCCCUCACCCCGUCCCCCGCGGUCCCUCCACUGCACGUGCUGGGCGACGGCCACCUCUCAGGAAUGCUGCCCGCCUACGGCAGCGACGGCCACCUGCCCCCCGUCAGGACCCUCUCCCCGCUCGACCGCCUGCCCGACGGCAGCAGCCAAGGACUCAAGCUCAAAAGGAGUCUCUCCAAGUCCAUCUCCCAGAAUUCCUCGGUGCUGCACGAGGAGGAAGACGAGCGUUCCUGCAGCGACUCGGAGACGCGCCUCUCUCCGCGGCCGGCCGCGCAGCAGCCGGGAGAGGAAUGUGGCGUCACUCCAGACAGCGAGAAUCUCACCCUGUCGUCAUCAGGGGCCAUUGACCAGUCAUCUUGCACGGGGACGCCUCUCUCUUCCACGAUUUCCUCCCCAGAAGACCCUGCCAGCAGCAGCCUGGCCCAGUCGGUCAUGUCCAUGGUGUCCUCCCAGAGCCAGCACUCGCAGCUCAGCACCGACACGGUCUCCUCCAUGUCCGGCUCCUACAUCGCCCCCGGCACGGGCACGGGCACGGGCACGGAGGACGAGGGAGAGGCGCUCCCCUCCCCGCUGCCCACCAGCAGGGCCGCUUCCGAGGAAGGAGAGGCGAUGCCGGCGGCGUCUCCAGACAGCAACUUCGUGGGCCUCGCUGACGAGCAGGACGCAGAGGGCAAUGACGUCAUGGAGGAAGACGAUGGGUCCCCCACACAGGAAGACGGCCAGAGGACGUGCGCGUUUCUAGGCAUGGAGUGUGACAAUAACAAUGACUUUGACAUCGCAAGCGUGAAAGCACUGGACAAUAAGCUGUGCUCUGAGGUCUGCUUACCGGGCACCUGGCAGGCCGAUGACAACGCGCUCAGUCGUCGGCACCCUCGGCGUCGGCGCCGGUCGUCCAGCAGCCUGGAGGAUGCCGAGAGCGGGCGCUGCGUGUGGGGGCCUCUGGCCGUCUGAGAGCCCGCCCCAGGCCAGAGCCUCCUCCGGUCCCCGCAUCCCAUCCUGGACUCACUGGACCAUGGCCUCCUGGGCAUCCUCAGCGGGACACGUGGAGACUUUUACACCCACGUGCGAGCUGGGCGUGGAGGCCAGCCUGCUCCUCCCGGCCCCCAGCCUUCCAUCACCAGGACCCCGGCCCUCUCCGAAGGGGCUGGACGCCUCCUUCCUCCUCAGAGACCCUCUGGAACGUUCCCACUGUAUCUUGAUCUUCAGGGGAGCCACGCCCACAGGCUGGCGUCUCGAGCAUCUCUCUUCUCCGUGGCGGGUAGACCAGAAGGCUCGGAGUCUUAGCGGCUGCGUUGCAGGCGUUUUUAGGUGUCAGGGACAGCAACUCCAAUUUGAAACCUCCAGUUCGGGGUGGAUUUGAGGGAGACACGUGAGAAGGCAAAGCCAUGUUGCACUGUAUGCGGAGUUUCCUUCAAGGACAAGAGAAAUGGUACCAGCCCACCAGACGGUUGGUUGAAAAGACAGUUCUUGCUUCCAGCAGGCGAGCUGGUCUAAGCCUCAUGUCUUGCUUAGAGAGGAGGCCUUGGACCUGAGACAUGCCCCCCCCCCCCCCAGUUACAUGACCGCCCUCGGGAGGGUCUUAGAUCAGGUACAUCCGGGAAGGCCUGGGACUCCACCCUAAGGUGACAUUUCAAAACACAUUUGUGACCCCCUCU